AUGCCACCAAACAAUGCUCAUGUUCCAAUCAGACGUACCUCGCGUCGCUUUUCUACUGCUCAUGUCCCAUUAGCUGUCUAUUUGGGUGUUGAUAUUGAAAUCCGUGAAGACAGGAAAAGUUAUUAUGCAAUCUCUGUUCAUGAUGGUAUGUACUCUACAGAUUACUAUGCAGGUGAAUUAAAACGACAUGAUCCCUCGAGAACUACAAAGGAAGUUAUUGUUGAAGCCUUUGCUAAACUUCAUGGUAUUGUCGAGCUUUAUGCUAUGGCACAAAACUAUAAGGUCCAACUCAUUGCUUGUUCGUAUGAUAUUGCCAAGGGCUUUUUAAAGGAGCAAGGUGAUUUUAUUGAUAUUGAGGAAAUCUCUACUAUGUCUGAAUAUUGGAGAGAACUAGAUGCUAUUCCUUUUAGAAUUGAAACUCAUGGUGAUUCAUCUGAUGAAAGAGCUAGUGCCGCUGUUAGAAAAGCCGUGAUGUGGCUAAGUCCAAAAUAUCCUGUUGACUUCAAUCAAAUCAUUCAUUUAGUAAAAUUAUGUGACUAUCAAGAGACAGUAUGUCAAGAAACAUGGAGUUUACUGCAAAAGAUGGUGACUUCAUUUAAAGAGAAACGGUUAAAAGUAUCCUUCUUUAAUUCGACUCCUCAGGGUGGUGGAGUUGCUUUAAUGCGUCAUGCGUUAAUAAGAUUCUUUCAUUUGAAUGGUAUUGAUGCCCAUUGGUACGUUGCUCGUCCAAAGCCUGAAGUGUUUGAUAUUACAAAGAGAAAAUUUCAUAACGUGCUUCAAGGUGUAGCUGAACCUCAUGUUAUCUUGACAGAGGAGGAUAAACAAGUCUUUAUUGAUUGGUCAAAUGAAAAUGCACAAAGAUUUUGGUUGGAUGAUAAGGGUCCAAUUAAAAACUCAGAUGUCAUUGUCAUUGAUGAUCCACAAUUGUGUGGUAUUAUCCCUCAUAUUCGUAAAUAUGCUUCAAAUACAAAGAUCAUUUUUAGAUCCCAUAUCGAAAUUAGAGCUGAUUUAAUCAAAAAUGAGCCAGAAGGUUCCACUGCUAAUACAUGGAAUUUCAUUUGGCAAUUUAUUAGACAAGCUGAUUUGUUUGUGGCUCAUCCAAUCAAGGGUUUCAUUCCUGAUGUUGUUCCUUCUUGUAAUACAGUUUUAUUACCUGCAGCAACGGAUCCUUUGGACGGUCUUAAUAAACCGUUGACAGAUUGGUGUAUAACCUAUUACCGAUCGGUCUUUAAUCGUGUAUGUAUUGAUUUAGGUGUUAACGAAGUCGACUGGCUUAGACCGUAUAUUGUACAAGUAGCUCGUUUUGAUCCCUCUAAGGGUAUUCCUGAUGUUCUCGAAUCAUAUCGUCUUCUACGUCUCAAGAUGGAAGAUGAAUUUGAUGAAAUCCAUAUCCCUCAAUUGAUCAUCUGUGGCCAUGGUAGUAUUGAUGACCCUGAUGGCACUGUUAUCUUUGAACAAGCCCAAUCGAUUAUUGAAUCAAGUAAAUAUGCAGCCAUCUCAAGGGAUAUCAUUGCUGUUCGUUUACCUGCUUCUGAUCAAUUACUCAAUAUGGUCAUGCGUGGUGCCUAUGUAGCUCUCCAACUAUCACAUCGUGAGGGCUUCGAAGUAAAAGUUACAGAGGCAUUGCACAAGGGUAUUCCUGUUGUUGCUUAUGCUGCUGGUGGAAUUCCUCUUCAAAUUAAACAUGAAGAAGAUGGUUAUUUAAUUCCAAUUGGUGAUGUGAAUAGUGUUGCAGAUGUUCUUUAUCAGCUAUUUAAGGAACCUGCAUUACGUUCUAAAUUGAGUGAGAAUGCAAAGAAGGCAGUUACAGAAGAAUUUUUUACUGUCUGGAAUGCCAUGUCAUGGUUACAUAUGUUUCUUGAAUUAACACAAAACCAGGAUCCUAUUCAGCAUAAGGAAGCUGAUCUUGGUGAUUGUAAGACAUUACAUAAUACAAAAUUAGGAGAACAAAAGAAGGUAUCUGAUCAUUGGAAAGAAAAAUAUCACUAUAAGGCAGACGUUGGUAGACAAAGUGAUAGGAAAUAA